GCAAACCUCCACAAACCUCCACAAACCAAUUAUUGCAGUUAUCAAUCUAUAUUUCACUUCUCUACAAGGAUGCUACAUUGUAUAUACAAAUUUCAAUCAUAAGCCUUUCAAUGACAUUAGAUCUUGAACGCAAAUAUUUCCACUCAACAGCAAUCCAUGAAGCCGGGCCAGUUCUUUCUUGGUAUCAGCUUAUGUUUCUUCGAUCAGAGAGCAAUGCAGCCUUGCACAAGAUAGCGAGACAAGCCUUUCGUUGAUCUUGGUUUAGAACAAGUUCGAAAUGGUCAUGCUCAAAGUUGGUGCGGAUUUGAGACACAGAUUGCCUCACUAGCUUUCUAGUCAUUCCUCAAUGGUACCCAGACACACUAUGGUCACUUUGCAUCGAGAAGAGGUACCUUGAGUAUAUAUACUCGCAAGUUGUGGAAAAUAUAUGGAACAAAUUAAUUAUUAUGGCUUUUGAUACAAGGAGCUAUUAUUUCAUGACUUUCUUCAAGAUAACUGGCGGAGUAGUUCAAAAGACAGUGGGAAGUAGGUAGUGAUUCCGUAUGGUUUGAGGUAAUCAACAGACUCCUUCA